AUGUUGUUAAGCCUAAAUAUGACUGUGUUUUAAAAAGCUACUCCCCUAAAUGUGUAAUGGUCCAGGCGGUUGCUAUGCCGUCGACAGGUCUAUAGCAGCAACGCUAACGAACACAAUGACAGCACUGGUGCUCGCGCCUUGAUCAAAUAUCGGCGGAUUCCCCAAAAAAAACGUUAUUUUCAAAACGCCAUAACGACGGUUGCUAAUAAACAUGUCUUGUAUCCGCAGGGUGAACGGACAAUUCCCGUGUAUGAGCCCCGCUGUCAGCUGCUCCCGUCUGCGCCAUGUCCAGUCACUGCUGUGGGAGGGGGAAGCCAGCCCUGAUGGGAUUCUUUGCUCUCUUGGGAUUGACAGCAGGUAUAAUGAGGGCUGCAGUGAGCUGGCCAACUACCUGUUCUACGGACUGUACCGGAAGAACCAGCUGAACCUGGAGCACAUUCUGGAGGACUUCCCUGAGGAGGUGCUGGAUGAUGUGAUCGUGCUGAUCAAGGCAGAGAGUGUCCACCUGUACUGUAACCCAAUCAACUACAGUUACCUGCUGCCCUACGUUUCCCACUGGAGGAACCUCUCCAUACACUGCAUGAACCAAACAGAGUAUGAAGACGAGGAAGCAGCGGAGGAGUUUAAGAUCUCCAGCUUUGUGAGCAUGGUUCAAGACUGCAGCCGUAUUGGAGUUCCUUACAGCACCCAGGGCCACAUCCAGACGUUUGACAUGUUUAUGAUAGAGAAGUGGCCCAUCAUUCAGGCCUUCGCCCUGGAGGGGAUCGGUGGAGGAAGCUUCUUCACCAUGAAAUACAAGUUGAUGGACAUUAGUGAGAAGCUGUGGCAGACCUACACCAGAUUGGACCCUGUGUCCCUAGACAACCUGCUGACUGAGGACCUGGUGUUGUUUGAGAAGCAGUGGAGCAGUUUCUUCUCCAGCUUUGACAUCGAGAGCCAUCUGUCUAUCCUGGAACUGUCUGAGGCUCAGGCAGGGGAGGCGUUCCGGAGUUAUUUCUCUCAUGGCCUGAUCUCCAGUAACAUCGCUGACAGCAGCAGGAGACGGCAGCCCUUGGUUCUGUUUGGGAGCCACUCCUCCAUGGAGAACCUUCACAGCUACUCCUUCAACUUCCCUUCUGAUGGACACCAGGUCCGCAACACCGGGCCCCAGGGGACCCCAGCCAAACACAUGGUUCUCCAGUGUGUGGCUCCUAAAGGAUCUUUAGCCUGCUCCAGGACUUACUUCUUUGGAACCACUCACAUCCCCUACCUAGGGAAUGACAACAUGCAACAGAAGAAAACAGAACUCCUUCUUCUCUCUCAGAUCUAUGCAGCAGCCGUCCAGUCGGUCCUGGCUGGAAUCAAAUGCUACUCCAACACCACUAGUGCUACUAAGGCGAAGGACGUAGCAGAGCAUACCUUCCAUCUGGCACUGGACUCGGUCCACCUGCCUCAGUACAGAACUGCUCUCAGAUCUAAAAGUGUUUUCCACAUCCAAGCUGUGAACAACCAGGGCAGAAUUGUUCCUCUGAGUGAAGAAGGGAGCUGCUUCUUGGUGAAAACUGCGUCCAUGUCAGUGUACGACAUCCCAGACCUCCAGUGGGGGAAAGGAGACCUGGGCUCUGUAGUCUUCUCUGAGUCCUUCCUGGUGUCCAGCAUCAACAUCCAACAGAAAGAUGGAAGUGUUUCCUCAGACAGCUGCUACACCAUCCUGACGACAGCUCUGCCUCGAUACGUCUGCUGGCUGGUGGAGUCUGAUGUGAAGCAUUCUGAGAAGGCCCAGGUCCUGCUGAAGGAGGAGGAGGGUACCUGCCUGGGCACCUCUUUGACUACAGCAGACACAGCUCAUGUGUUCUCCAACAGCCUGCUCUCCACUCCAGAGGAAGGUAAGAUGAGCUUCUUCACAGAGGGCAUCCUGUUCCUCCAUCCUCAGUACGGCACCAUCACUCUACCCAGGAGCCUCAUCAGCAGGAUCAAGUUGUAUGACCUGGACUCGUCGAGCGUGGUGGCAGCUCUGUUUGUACAGUAUGAAGCUGCUCUGCUGUCCCACCUGCCCUUCCCUCUCCACAGUGACGACCACUGUUUGGUCUUCAGCCUCCAGCCACGCUCACAGAGUCACCGAGCCUUCUACUCACAGGUGUUACCAGUGUGGCAGGGGUCAGACUCUGGACUCUCUCUGCAGCUGGUGGACAGAGAACAGCUGACCUGGGAUCAGAGGAACAUGCACUCCAGACUGCAGUGGUUGCAUGACUGCCACGCCCCGCCUGUGGCCAAACGCAGAGGCAGCCUGAAGGCCUCGUACUCCCAGCUACCAGAACAGGAGAUGUUCCUACAGCACUUUGCUCUGAGCAGUGUGGGUCAGGAGCCCAUCCAGGAUGACCACCUGGGGGCACUGUUCUCCACGCCAGACACCAGGAACCCUCUGGCAGGACGCACUGACAAGGUGGUUAUAACCAUCAUCUCUGGACUACCGGGCAGCCACAAGAACAGACUGGUUAACUUCCUGGUCCAGCUGAAUAGAGAAGGAGGAAGGUGGGUUGUCUACCGUCCAGGUCCAGACUGCAGUGAUUGUUUCUCCACCUCCCACUUCCAGCGCUACCUGUCCUGCUUCCUGGAGACACAGAGAGCACCUGGAGGGAAGCCCCGACUACUGCUGCUCACUCCUGGAUGUACAGAUGUAUUAGACGUGGUCCAGGCGGUCCUGUCCCAUCCAGAUGCUGUGGUCCAGGCCUGUUUCACCAUCGGGGCGGUCACAGCCUGUGUGGACCCUCUCAGCUCAUACAUGGAGCACAGAUUUGUCUUCCCGAAGCUGGUGGAGCAGUGCAGCCAAGGUAUAGUGAGUACGGUUGUCUUCACUGGACUGGCAGCAGAACAGAAGAACCCUCUCCUCCAAACCGUACAGCAGCUGAUCCGGUCAGCCAAUCCCAAUGCUGUCUUCAUCCUGGCAGAGAGAGGAGCCGUUACCAGGAAUGAGGAUGUGAAGAUGAUUUUGUCUGAGAGCAGCUUCUCUGAGGCGCAGAUGAUGAGAGCACGCUACCUGCUCUACCCUGGCUGGUGUAAAGGCCGGUUUGUCAGUGGCUGUGGGUCCCUGUCUUUGGGCCACCAGUAUGUGAUGUUCAACCUUCCUCUGGAGAGACCUCUGUUUCUGAAACACUGUAAAGCCUUCAAGUCAGCUCUGAGACCAAACCCUUUCAGAGGAAACGUCUACAACGUCUCGGGGAAGAUCCUCUUUUCUGACUCUGAGAGGAUGAUGGAAGUGAGCUACAACACUGUGAGUGGGAACCUCCGUAUCACUCAGCAGCCCUUGGGCGACAGCCACCAGGGAGACCAGGAGCCCUCUGGAUGCUUCCUGCUUUUCCAUGGAGUGGGAUUGACACAGGAGGCCCUGAAGGACUGGCUUAGGAUCUGUGUAAAACAGAAGGAGGUGAGGAAGGGGAAGAAGACCCACACCAGCCUCUCUCCUCAGGAAAUCAGGACCAUCCAUGUGAAGAGACAUCUGGACCCUCUGCCUCCAGGCUUCUUCUACAACGGACAACAGUACGUCAGUUUCUUUGGAGAGAAGAACAACUUCCAUCCACAAAUGGACCAGUUCAUAGCGGAGUAUGUUGAGGAGGCCAACCGAGAGAUCGACCUCUUCAACAAUCAGCUGGAGCAGCAGCAGCACCAGGACCUGUUUGACCCUUAGUGACCCCCAAGGUUGGGGUUAGAGGUCGUCUGUCUCGUCCUUUUACUGUUUGUCCUCCUCAGCACAUCUCAAAGGGAAACAAAGGGGGAAACUAUACCAUACAUUCUGUCACCUCCACUAUACCAUACAUCCUGUCACCUCCACUAUACCAUACAUCCUGUCACCUCCACUAUACCAUACAUCCUGUCACCUCCACUAUACCAUACAUCCUGUCACCUCCACUAUACCAUACAUCCUGUCACCUCCACUAUACCAUACAUCCUGUCACCUCCACUAUACCAUACAUCCUGUCACCUUCACUAUACCAUACAUCCUGUCACCUCCACUAUACCAUACAUCCUGUCACCUCCACUAUACCAUACAUCCUGUCACCUCCACUAUACCAUACAUCCUGUCACCUCCACUAUACCAUACAUCCUGUCACCUCCACUAUACCAUACAUCCUGUCACCUCCACUAUACCAUACAUACUGUCACCAUACAUAUAGGGGUGAUAAACAUAACUGAAUCAAGACAUUAUUAUGGUGAGAGCACAAACUUUCUGUCCAGAUAAGAGGUUCAACUUUACAUUGUCAGUCAGUAUCAUCCUAGGUAGGUUUCUAAUAGGCCAGUAGAAUUGGUUCUAUUUGUAGCCUGGCUGUUGGCAUUAUUAAAACACUCCUUUCUCGUCUCCUUUCCUGACCUGUCAUACGAUGCACAGCCCACCUGUUAGUUAGCUGCUUUCAGUAUCAUGCUGUGUAGCUGUUCUCACUGGCUCUACUGUGCUAAUAGCUUGUAUCAGUGUCAGACUUGGUGAGAGGAAGUGGACGCAGAGCUGUGAACUUUGAAUAGACAGCCUGUAGCUGUCAAUCCCUGGUGUGGUGAUAGAAACUGUCUCCUGUUGUAAAUACUAGUUAGACCGUCACCCAGCUCUAGUCAGCAUAGCAACGUGGUCCUCAGUAACAUAAUGUCAUGGUGAUCAAACAUCAACAAUAACAUUACUCCUCUCCUUUCACACGACCACCUAACAUGCUGUGGGUGGGAUACUGUUUGGAAUGGGGAUGGUCUGAAAUCAAUUAGUCUAGUUUAGGCCAGUUUGGGCUGGUUUAGGCCAGUUUUGGUUAGGAGGGUUUGGGCUGGUUUAGGCCACUUUGGGUUAGGAGGGUUUGGGCUGGCUUAGGCCACUUUGUUCUGGAUUAGGAGGGUUUGGGUUGAGGGUGUUUGAGGGAUGGGGAGGGUAGGACUGGUGUUGGCCAGAUAAGGGCUGAGGAAUGAGUUAGUAGUGGUGUAUUACAGGGAUGGGUAGGGUCAGAGGUCAGGGUCUUAGUAAUGGUGUAUUACAGGGAUGGGUAGGGUCAGGGGUCAGAGUUAGUGUUGUUGACCACAUGCAGUUCCUUGAUGUGGGACUUAAGCUGUGUCCACUACCUGUUAGAUAGAUGGGUGUUGGAAGUAGCUUACAUGUUCUCUCAGGACUACCUGUCGUGAUGUUCCUGGAGAUGGGACUUAAGCUGUGUCCACUACCUGUUCGAUAGAUGGGUGUUGGAGGUAGCUUACAUGUUCUCUCAGGACUACCUGUUGCGAUGUUCCUGGAGAUGGGACUUAACCUGUGUCCACUACCUGUUAGAUAGAUGGGAUUUCAAAUGCGUCCACUACCUGUUAGGUAGAUGGAAUAUAAGAUGUGUCCACUACCUGUUAGGUAGAUGGAAUAUAAGAUGUGUCCACUACCUGUUAGAUAGAUGGAAUUUCAACUUAGAAAAUAACAGAAUAUUUGACAAUAUCAGUUGACAGAACAGUUAACGGUCUGCUAAUUUAGUUCUACUCACCAGGAGAACAGUUACGGUCUGCUAAUUUAGUUCUACUCACCAGGAGAACAGUUACGGUCUGCUAAUUUAGUUCUACUCACCAGGAGAACAGUUACAGUCUGCUAAUUUAGUUCUACUCACCUGGAGAACAGUUACGGUCUGCUAAUUUAGUUCUACUCACCUGGAGAACAGUUACGGUCUGCUAAUUUAGCUCCACUCAUCAGGAGAACAGUUACGGUCUGCUAAUUUAGCUCCACCCACCUGGAGAACAGUUACGGUCUGCUAAUUUAGCUCCACUCACCAGGAGAACAGUUACGGUCUGCUAAUUUGGCUCCACUCACCUGGAGAACAGUUACGGUCUGCUAAUUUAGCUCCACUCACCAGGAGAACAGUUACGGUCUGCUAAUUUAGCUCCACUCACCAGGAGAACAGUUACGGUCUGCUAAUUUAGCUCCACUCACCUGGAGAACAGUUAUGGUCUGCUAAUUUAGUUCUACUCACCUGGAGAACAGUUAUGGUCUGCUAAUUUAGCUCCACUCAUCAGGAGAACAGUUACGGUCUGCUAAUUUAGCUCCACCCACCUGGAGAACAGUUACGGUCUGCUAAUUUAGCUCCACUCACCAGGAGAACAGUUACGGUCUGCUAAUUUAGCUCCACUCACCUGGAGAACAGUUACGGUCUGCUAAUUUAGUUCUACUCACCUGGAGAACAGUUACGGCCUGCUAAUUUGGCUCCACUCACCUGGAGAACAGUUACGGUCUGCUAAUUUGGCUCCACUCACCUGGAGAACAGUUACGGUCUGCUAAUUUAGCUCCACUCACCAGGAGAACAGUUACGGUCUGCUAAUUUAGCUUCACUCAUCAGGAGAACAGUUACGGUCUGCUAAUUUAGUUCUACUCACCAGGAGAACAGUUACGGUCUGCUAAUUUAGUUCUACUCACCUGGAGAACAGUUACGGUCUGCUAAUUUAGCUCCACUCACCAGGAGAACAGUUACGGUCUGCUAAUUUAGCUCCGCUCACCAGUCCAUCUAUACCAAGCCUGUCAUCAUACAGUCCAUCUAUACCAAGCCUGUCCAUUCACAGUGCCUCCCAUGUUAGACGUGUUACUGUCUGAAUAGAGAAUGACCCAGUCCUCUGCUAGACGUGUUACUGUCUGAAUAGAGAAUGAUCCCUAGCCAGUAAGUUAGUUUCUUCAGGGUCCAGGCUUGUUCCAGUCAGAUACACACCCAGUCAAUCAGUCUAGAAAGGAAGACAGACUACAUCACAAUCCUCCUGACCCAUGUUACUAUUCAUUCUCUUAGCUUACAAUCCCUCCCUCUCCUUAACUUUAUCAAGUGCAAUUGUACUCUGUUUUAAUAUGUAUUCUAACUACCUUCACAGAACUAUUUUAAGGACUAGCUGAUUAAAUAAGGACCGUGUUCUCAGUCUCAACAUUGGAGUGAGUUGAGAUUUGCUUAACGUUUAGUACCAUGCUGACCUAAUCCACAGCACUGGAGACUAACGCUCUGUGUCUGUCUCAGUAUGACUGGAGUCUCUUCUGACAAGUCCUCUUGUCUGCUUAGAGCAAAAAUGGUUUUCAUUCGCAAUACCACAGAGACCUGUCUUAGUUGAGUCAGAGACACAGAGCCAUAACUGAGGGUGAUUGAUAUCCUACAGAAUAAGACUGAAGAUGCCAUAACUACAGGUCUUAAUGGGCGGUGUUUGGAAACAGACACUGAUUGGUCUACGGUGUAGCUAUCAGUCCUUAAAGGGUUCUAGGGGGUUAUUAUUGAACAUGUUUGUGAUAUUAACUUAGUAGCACAUAAGAUGCCACACUAUCUGCAUGUGUUAGGAUGUCCUUUUAAUAUAUAUAUAUAUAUAUCUAUGAUAUAUUCUGAUACUAUUGCCUUUCACCAAACUGGUAUAACCAAGAGAAAAUUAUCACAUUUAUUUUACAAAACUGGUGAGAAUUGAAGUACCUCAGACACCACUAGAGUAUUUUUGUAAUGCUGUGAAUUGAACAGAGAAAAAGCUAAGAGUCAAUCUUUUUCUCACACAAUUGAAUAAAUAAGCAAAACAGAGAAAUGUUGUGAGACGUGAUGUUUCUCUGGUCCAGCAGUGCCUUGGCCCGUUACUAUACGGCUAAGAAAUAAUCCUGUUCAGAGCUCCAGCCCCCUCUAGUCUACAUUCUACUGCUACUAUACAUGACGGGGCUGGAGGCUGAGGAACCGUCCUGAAACGGUAUUUGGUGAAAGGAACCGUCCUGAAACAGCCUGGGUACCAGUCUAUUUGUGCCAUCAUGCCACGCCUUGCCGGUUUGGCAUGACAAGGAGUAGAGAUGAUGACAAACAGAUCUGGGACCAGCUAUCUUAAACAGUGUUGGUGAAAGGACUGAAUCAAUGGAAUUGUUCUUUAAGCAAUGUGUUACUCAGCCAAAGGGGGCAGUAAGCCCCGGGGGAAGGGGAGGUCACUCGAGGGCUCACACCGUUUCAACUGGUAAAUAAAUGAUACUAAGCCACAAUGAUUCUGAAUGGAAACCGGGGUCCUCGUGGUUCUGGUUUCAAAGCUGUUGUCAAAAAGGAGGAUGAUGAGUUAGUGGUUAAAGUAGAGCAGCCUACCCUGUCCUAGUGGUUAACUUAGUGGUUAAAGUAGAGCAGCCUACCCUGUCCUAGUGGUUAACUUAGUGGUUAAAGUAGAGCAGCCUACCCUGUCCUAGUGGUUAACUUAGUGGUUAAAGUAGAGCAGCCUACCCUGUCCUAGUGGUUAACUUAGUGGUUAAAGUAGAGCAGCCUACCCUGUCCUAGUGGUUAACUUAGUGGUUAAAGUAGAGCAGCCUACCCUGUCCUAGUGGUUAACUUAGUGGUUAAAGUAGAGCAGCCUACCCUGUCCUAGUGGUUAACUUAGUGGUUAAAGUAGAGCAGCCUACCCUGUCCUAGUGGUUAACUUAGUGGUUAAAGUAGAGCAGCCUACCCUGUCCUAGUGGUUAACUUAGUGGUUAAAGUAGAGCAGCCUACCCUGUCCUAUUUAGGGUAUUGGUCAGCUGAUUGGUUAGGUGACCCACCUUAUUGCUCAGUGGGCCCCAGAGAAAAAGCCCUCUAGAGGUUCUCCCCUGUAACUCAGAGCUAAAUCUAUGCUUCUGAUGUAAACUCUUCUUACUCAACCCUCUGGCUAUGUUGUAUUCAUGCUGUAUGUGGAGGCUAGCGGCUUGUAGCUGAAGUUAUAGGACAAAAACUAAGUUUAGUGUUCAUAGUUUUUUUAUGAGGGAAAUGUGAUGAGUAUGUUCUAAACAAAAUUAAAUGUUCUGAAGAUUGGCUCCAAGGUUCCAGAGAGCCAACAUUUGGAAUUUAUGCACUUUGAUGAAAACUGAUAUUUGAAUUCAUUGUAUUUUUAUGUUUUGUAAUGGAGUAAGUAUCUCACCUGUAGUCAAAGUGAUCUUUCACAUGCCUACAGUAACCUACCUAUACAGUACCCUGACUUCAACAGUCUUUAGGUGUUCAAAGGAAUCACAAGUUUCAGUGGGAGUAAUAACUCAGGUAUAUAGGUCUAUAGGAAGGUUAUAGGUCAGGGCCCAGAUUCACACAACCUUCUGAAGAAGAUAUUUCUUCUUCCUGACAUUUAUUCCUUAACUAUAGACUACAGACGAAAGUUCAGUUGGUAUUCCUUAACUAUAGACUACAGACAAAAGUUCAGUUGGUAUUCCUUAACUAUAGACUACAGACGAAAGUUCAGUUGGUAGUCCUUAACUAUAGACUACAGACGAAAGUUCAGUUGGUAUUCCUCAAAAAGCUUCUUGGACAUGUUCUUGUGUUAUUUCAUGUUUAUCUUUAAGUAAAAAUAUAAGAAGAAAUUAGAUUUUUGAAAAUAUAGUUUGUUCUUGGACAUUUUCUUAAUUCCAAGAUAUCUAAACCCUUGUCUUAAACUCAGGGCAGUGAGAUAAUAAGCUAAUUAAAUCAAUUGAACAUAUUUAAUUCACUCAAACUUCAUCUGAAAGUUUCAGUAUUGAUUAUUUGAAACCCCAAAACAUGUUUUGGAACAGUCAUCUCAGUAUGAAAUAUGCUAACAUGAUUGUCAUUGCUAGUUAGAUACUAUAGCUAGCUAAAACAGUUUGCCUAGUGACAAUCAUUUUAAGAAGAUAGUUAAGUUUGUAAGAAAAUUAUAAAAUCUUAACAUAUUGUUGAAGAAUUGCACUUGUGAACUAUCUUAUGAACUUAUAAUUUUUUUCUUAAGAAGGUUCUUAAGUUUUUGCAUAAGAAUGUUUUGUAAAUCUGGGCCCAGGUUUCCACACCUGUAACAGUGGGUUACACCCUGUCAAACACUACUGAUGGUUCAGUAGUGGUUAGUCUGCCAAUCCUAAUCAGAAGCUGAUAGCCCAUAGUUUUUCCCCCAUACAAUCUUAUGACAACUACAUUUAUAUGUUUGGGGAAAGUAUUGAUUUAAGUUGGAGGUAGUUUAUAGCAUGAACAUGGUGGUAAACUAAAGACUCUUUUCACCUCUACAACCAAGUUAUUCCAUCUGCAACGUAACUAUAUUAAUACAAUUGAUUAAUAUAUUGCCUCAAAAAAGGAUUUCCGAUGUGGAAUCCAAUAAGCUGAAAUAAGGAAUUUGGUGAAGUGAACUUAAAGUGCCAAAAUGUUUUUGAGGAUGAUUAAUUGAAUCGCAUUUGCACAAAACUACUGUAACUUUAGUUUUUUCCUGUGACUGAUGCUUUUAUAAUCUUAUUGUGUUAUUUAUUGCACCAAGUAAUCCAUUAAAAUAUUGAUAUGGUUAAA